AUGCCGAGAUACGCCAAAUUCAUGAAAGAGCUGGUUACAAAGAAAAGGAGCUUAGAGUAUGAAAUGAUUGAGGUGCCCCAUAGAUGCAGUGCAAUUACGACAAAUGAGUCAAUCACUAAGAGAGAAGAUCCUGGGACAUUCACAAUUCCAUGCACAAUUGGCAUGCUCCAAUUUGCUAAAGCUUUGUGCGAUUUAGGAGAAAGCAUUAACUUUUUGCCCUAUGCAAUAUACAAGCAACUAGGUUUGGGUAAACCAAAGGCAACCACAAUGAGACUCUUUAUGGCUGAUCGAUCAAUCAAGAACCCAGUGGGGAUACUCUAUGACAUAUUGGUAAAAGUAUAUCGGUUCAUCUUUCCGGCUGAUUUUGUGAUUCUAGAUUGUGAGAUCGAUGCUGAAAUCACCAUUAUUUUGGGAAGGCCAUUCCUAGCUAUUGGGAGAGCAUUGGUAGAUGUCGAGAGCGGAAAAUUGAAAGUCCGUGUGAAUAAUGAUGAGGUGACCUUCAAUAUCUAUGAGGCAGUGGCAAAUGUGAGCCAUUUAAUGCGCAAGAAUGAACCCCUUGAAUCUGUACUUGCCAAUUAUGAUGAAUCUGAAGUUCAAGGCUAUGAGGAAGUGGUAGCUGCCUUAUUAGGGUUAGGAGUAUAUUCAAAGAAUCCAAUCAAGUUGGAUAUCGAUCGGAAAAACAGAGAAAGUCCUCCUGCAAAGCCAUCAACAAAAGAACCACCGAAUCUGGAGUUAAAAGCCCUACCCUCUCACUCAAAUAUGCCUUUUUAG